GCAGCGUUAGCCCUCCCUUGUCUCCGUCUCCGUCCCCUUCCUUCCUUCCUUUCCCCAAACCAGACCAGGAGCGCCCUCCCCACCCCAACCCAGGAAACCAGCCAUGAAGGGGGCCAAAUCCAAGGGCGCCGCCAAGGCCGACACCAAGUUGGCGGUGAAGAGCAAGGGGGCGGAGAAGCCGGCCGCCAAGGGGAAGAAGGGAAAGGCAGGCAAGGACCCCAACAAGCCCAAGAGGGCGCCCAGCGCCUUCUUCGUCUUCAUGGGCGAGUUCCGCGAGGAGUUCAAGCAGAAGAACCCCAAGAACAAGUCCGUCGCCGCCGUCGGCAAAGCGGCCGGUGAGAGGUGGAAGAGCUUGAGCGAAUCCGAAAAGGCCCCCUUUGUUGCCAAGGCCAACAAGCUCAAGGGCGAGUACAACAAGGCCAUUGCUGCCUACAACAAGGGCGAGAGCACUGCUGCUGCCCCAAAGAAGGCCGCUGCCAAGGAGGUAGAGGAGGAAGAUGAGGAGGAAUCCGACAAGUCCAAGUCGGAGAUCAAUGACGACGAUGACGAUGAGGGUAGCGAUGAGGACGAGGAUGACGACGAGUAAAGAAGAAGCAUCUUUGCUCCGGCGGACAAGGCGGGAGCUGCUGCGCGAGGCCCCUGAGCUGUGGGUGGUGGUUGUCAUAAGGAGCCUAUCCAUCUCCACUAGAAUUAUCCCAAGUUUCACUUCACACCGUCAUGUUGUUUUACCUUUUUCAUGUCGUCCGUCCAUCCGUCCUGCUAUAACGGAUAGCGCUCCCUGUUGGCGCCCCCGCCGGCGGGGUGCUCCUUGCGGUGUUAGGGUGUAUGUCCUCCGCCGCUGGUGUGCCCCUGCCUGUACCUACCUAGAUGGUCACUCUUUCCGUCCAUUGUCAUCGGCUAACAUUGUGAUAAUAUCAGUUUGGGUAAUGUUAGAUUAA